GUCAAAUGUCAAAUUCUGAGGUUUCGCGAGGCGAUGUCCCAUCCAGUGGAAGCACAGUCUCAUUUAGAACGGAAUGUCUUGGGACACAAUAAAAACUCCGUACCUGAAUACGACGAGUCCAAUAAGACAGAAAUUAAAGAAGAAAUAACAAAUGACAUAUUCGAUGAGCUUGAAAUCAGCACGAAAACAAAGUGCGGGGAAGUCUUCACCUCCUACAGUGGAACGCUUGUGCUCAUCUGUGCUUUUUGCAAUGGAAAGUUCGAUAACAUGCACUCGUUUGGGGUGCACAUACGUGAACAACAUAAUUGCCACCUAACAAGAGAGCAGCAGAUCGACACAGAAAUCGUAAGUGCAAAUCCUCUUGUAGCGAAAGCCGAACCGGAAGAAAGUACUGAAAACAGACCAAAUAAUGGAGACAAUUCAGGAGAGUCUGCGAUAACAAGGACAGAAGUGUCUUCAACCGAAAGUCAGCCUUAUCCCAACUGUAUUGGAGGCCAGAAAUUAUGUAGGGCUAGACGGAAUUUGAAAAGACAGUUGCAUACGGACUCUAUGCCAGUUGACCAAGCCGAGGAGCCAGUGAAGAGAAAGAGGAGGAUUGGAAAGAAAAGUGGUCCCCUUGUGGAACAACCAGAACAGAUUUCGAAUCAAUUCUCACGAGAUCUUAUCAAAAGUGAAGCUACACAACCUGGUAAACUCACUUUAACUCAGAACUUGCCUUCACAAGCCGAUGGUUGGUUAAAUUCUACAGGGGAUCCUUCCAAUAAAAGUUCUACUGAAUUUCCUUCGGGGAAAUACGUUUUUAACUAUGAUGAUGACUCAGAUGAAUCUCAAGGUUGCAAUGAUCCCGACGAAAGAAGCUCCAUAUCAUCAUCUGAAACCGACGUUAGAGCGGAUACGAGCGCGACUGAAACGUUCCCCUGUAAUCUUUGUAGUCGAACUUACAGAAGCAAGAGGAGUUUAAACCGGCACCUAAGGAAGCCACAUUUGUCCAGUGACGAAGUACCUACAAUGCAGGAAUGGUUUUGUGUAUCGUGCAACAAACAAUUGAAAUCUAGACGAACGUGGCAACGACAUCAACGAAAACAUAAACUGGAAGACAACCCAGGCGAGCAGGCGUCCGAACAGAAUGACGUGGCACCAGAUGAUGUCAAAAUCCCCGAAUUCCACUGUGACCUAUGUAAUAAUUACUUCAAGACAAAAUUCAGUCUAUAUAUUCACUCCGAUGCACACGACACUCUGCCAGCCGUCUUACAGGGAAAUCUGGAUUUCCUGAAAUGUAAGUUUUGUAACCAACAACUUCCCAAGUAUGCUGAGCGAAAAAAACACGAAAAAACUCAUACAGGUGCUAGACCAUAUGAAUGUCCUUACUGCGAAAAAGGAUUCUCAUCGAAUUAUGACCGGAAAAUACACAUUCGUUCCCACACAGGUGAAUUCCAGUUCGAGUGUCCCCACUGCCCCAAAGUUUGUACAAAUAAAACUGAUCUAAAGCGACACGUAGUGCGCCAUUUGAAUAUCCGGAACUUCGGAUGUGAAUUGUGUGACAAGCGUUUCUAUCGACCCUUUGAACUCGCCCGCCACAUGCGAACCCAUACAAAGGAACGCCCCUACGUUUGCGAAGACUGCGGUGCCACGUAUCCGGUACUAGCUCAGCUUAAAGAUCAUCAGCUGCGGCACAAGGGCGUAAAGAAUAUCAAGUGUGAGAUAUGUGGGCGACUGUUCUACUCCAAAAGUGUCCUGAAAGUCCAUAUGCCCACGCACUUUGACGAAAAGCCCUUUGAAUGCGAUGUAUGCGGGCGCAAGUUUUCGCGGGCGAAGGCAAUGCAAAAGCAUCAGAAAUUGCAUUCAGGCGAGAAAAAAUAUGUGUGCAAUAUUUGCGGGAAAGCUUACGCGCAGGAUUCUGGUCUGUAUGCACAUAAGAAAACACAUGGGGCAAAUGUAUAUAGUUUGAAUAAAAUGGGUGACUUAAAUUUCGAAUUCAUUAACCCCAUGACGGAUGCAGUGGAGUGGAAUGCAUCUGUUAAGGACGAACCCGCAGAAACCAAGGAAACUGAGGAAUUGAAGGAAGAGACCAAAUGCGGCGAAAUAUUUGCCCUAUACAGUGGAAAUUUCGUCCUUAUUUGCGGAUUUUGCCAUGGCAAAUAUGAUCAAAUGCUUGAUUUUGGGAACCAUGUAAAAGAAGAACAUGAGGACAAGAUGACGAUCCGAACAAACUGUCAACAGGAAAAUCCGGUUACGAAAAUUGAAGAUGAAUUUACCAAUCAGCAGGUGGACUCCCUACAUAAAUUAGAAGCUGUACCUGAUGCGAAAGUAGACGGAGACCCAGGCGACACUGAAAAUUCUAGCGAAGGGACCCCCACUUCUAGGCGUAAACCGAAGAAGCCGCAGAAAUUUGCUUGUAACUCCUGUGGGCAAACCUACAAGCAUAAAGCCAGCCUGCACACGCACCAAAAUAGGACGAAUUGUAAACGAAAUACCCCGGAACCGAAAGAUUCUGCAAAUUUCUGCCCACUUUGUAAGAAAAGCUUCAAGAGUUUGAUGUAUCUUAAUAAGCACAACCGCCGCUUCCAUGGACAAGGCGAAACGUCGGAUCAAAUGACCCCGAAAUCGGCGGAUGUAAAACACGAAAAAAGCGACAAUAAUUGUGAUAACCUAGUCGAAGAUUCCUCUUAUGUCCAUGAUAGCAUUCCAGAAGUUAUAGGCGAAACAAAUAAACUUGCAGAUUCUAUGGAAGACAAUUGUUGGUCAAAUGAUUUUGAUGAUGUCAAGGACGAGCUCAGCGGUAGCGAUGCAGACCCUUCAGGUGCGAAACCUGACAAUAAGACCCAAUUAAAGGAAUUUCAAUGUGAGCAUUGUAGUCGAGUAUUCAAAUCAAAGCGAUCACUUUCCUUCCAUAUGAACCGGCAACACGAUGAAGUAUCUAAUAGCGCUAAGCAGGAGGGACAGAAUCCACAGUUCCUUCGAUGUAAGUACUGCAAUCAAGAAUUUCCGACGAAAGUGGAGUGUAGUGAGCACGAAAACACUCAUGUGGGUGAAAAACGCUUCAUUUGCUGGUACUGUCCCCAUAAGUUCCGCACAAAUUACGGACGAAAGCGACACAUGCGAGUGCAUACAGGCGAGCGACCCUACAAAUGCACUGAAUGUCCCAAAGCGUUCCCGCAUAUGGUUCAACUCGACUAUCACAUCCGAAAACAUAAAAACCUACGCGAAUUUAGCUGUAAAACCUGCGGUAAGGAAUUCUUCCGCAAAUUCGAGCUAAGCUUACACGAACGACGGCACACCGGCUUCCGCCCACUGGUCUGCGAAGACUGCGGAAAAACAUUCAAUGUAAUGAGCGAAUUGAACGAGCACAGGAAGAGACACACGGACGUGAAAGACUGGAAAUGUGAGGUAUGUGGCAAGUGCUUCUAUUCCAAGUGGACGUUGAAGGAUCACAUGGCUGGGCAUUCGGGUGAAACACCGUUUGGCUGUGAAGUUUGCGGACGCAAGUUCUCUAGGUCUAAGGCAUUGAAGAAGCAUAAAAAACUUCACUCGGACGUCAAGGCUUAUGUUUGCAAUAUUUGUGGAAAGGCCUAUGCACAAGAUUCGGGACUGUAUGCACAUAAAAAAACACACGGUAUACGAAAUACACACUCGGAAGCAUUUAGUACUGUGAAUAAAAGUCUGUAAU